AGUACUUGUAUCAAUCGUGUGUUAAUAUAAAGAUAUAAGUCGAGCGCAUGUGAGCAGAAGUCGGAACUCUGACAAGGCAUAACAACUAACAUUGCGUUGAAAACAUUUUGAUGUUGCGGCUGUUCAUUAUUUUAAAUUAAAUUAACUCUCGCUUUUAAGAUGUUAAAGUCAGUAAGAUUGUUCAGGGUGAAAUUUCCAAGCCAAAGCAAUGAGCGAGGACACAGGGUUUUACGUUCGGCGUCAACCUCUUUAAAGGAGUGGCAUGUACAAAAGCUCUACCAUUCUCAAACUGCUCCAAACAGUGUUGAAUUGAAAGAGCAUCCCGUUUCUACUAAGCCGGUGAAUAAAUUUAUUGACAGAACGCAUACUUGUGGUGAACUAACGAGUGAAAAUCAGAAUCAAAAGGUAAAGCUAUGCGGUUGGCUGGAAUUUCAGAGAAUGGGAAAGUUUGUCAUUCUGCGAGAUUCCUAUGGAUCUACUCAAUGCAUUGUAGAUGACAAGGACUUGGAUAUGGCAGAAAAAUUGAAAAAACUACCAUUUGAAACAGUUCUGAGCAUUGAAGGUACAGUAAUAUUAAGACCUGAAGGCCAAAGCAAUCCAAAAAUGAAAACAGGAGACAUUGAAGUGCUCGUGGAGUCCAUAGAAAUUUUUAAUUCAACAAAGCCACAGUUACCUUUUUAUGUUAGAAAUCACAAUGUUGCAAAAGAAGCACUUCAAAUGCAGUAUAGAUAUUUAUCAUUAAGAUUUCCAGAAAUACAAAAAAAUUUGAGACUGAGGUCAUGGGUCACAAUGAAAAUGAGAGAAUAUCUUAUUAAUAAAUGUGGAUUUGUUGAUGUCGCUACUCCAACACUUUUUAGAAAAACACCUGGAGGAGCACAAGAGUUUAUCGUUCCUACUCAACAUAUUGGAAAAUGUUAUUCCCUUGUACAAAGUCCACAGCAAUUCAAGCAAUUGUUAAUGGUUGGUGGUAUUGAUAAAUACUUUCAAAUAGCUCAAUGUUACAGAGAUGAAGGAGCAAGAAAUGAUAGGCAGCCAGAAUUCACUCAGUUAGAUAUAGAAAUGUCUUUUGUUAGCAGAGAAGGAGUAAUGAAUAUGGUUGAAGAGCUAAUUUUAAAUAGUUGGCCAGACUCUUUAGGAGCAAUAAAAACACCAUUCCAUCGUAUAACAUACGAAGAAGCAAUGGAAAACUAUGGUUGUGAUUGUCCAGAUUUAAGAAUACCUGGCAAGAUUAGUAAUGUAUCAAAAAUCAUUAAAGAAACAGAGAAUAAGUUUGAUGAAUCAUGUGAAUUUUAUGCUACAGUAUUUGAAAAUAAACAACAAUUUUUAACAAAAUCUGUUAAAGAAAUGUUAUCCAAGUUUUCUAAACAAAUGUCUGAUGAUGUAAAGUUGAUUCAAAUGAAAGUUUCUGGAAAAGACUUACCAGAAUUACAAAAACUAUUUACAGAGUCUACUAGAACUUCAUUAUCAAACAGUUUAAAUGUGAAGGAAAAUGAUGUAUUGUUUAUCAUUUAUGGUCCAAAAUCAGAUGCUAGACGGACACUAUCAAAAUUAAGAUUAGAAUUCACAAAUUUCUUGGAAUCUCAAGGAGAAAAAAUACGAUCACCUGGCUAUAAGUUUGCAUGGAUCGUUGAUUUUCCUUUAUUUGAAAUAAACAAAGAUACCAAUAUUUUGGAGACAACUCAUCAUCCGUUUACUCAUCCACAUCCUGAUGAUAUGAAACAUUUAUUUACAAAUCCGUUGCAGGUGAGAGGACUUCAAUAUGAUCUUGUAUUGAAUGGAUCUGAGGUUGGCGGUGGAUCAAUACGUAUUCAUCAAAAGUCACUUCAGGAAAAAGUUUUAAACAUGUUGAAGAUAGAUCCCACAGAAAUGUAUUAUUUAUUAGAAGCUUUGGGAAGUGGUGCUCCCCCACAUGGAGGGAUCGCUUUAGGUCUUGAUAGGUAUAUUUCUCUACUUUGUGGAGCAACCAGUAUCAGAGAUGUUAUAGCAUUUCCCAAAACUAUGGAAGGAAAGGAUUUGAUGUCUGGCGCACCCACCUUGAUUUCCAAAGAAGACAAAGAACUGUAUCAUAUAUCGAUAUCAAACGAUUCUGAAAAAAAGGAAAAUGAAAAUAAAUGAUACGAAUAAUGGACGUCGAUAAAAAGUUGUAUAAAAAGUAAAUUUGUAUAAAAAUGAUAAUUGUACAUAGUAAAAAGUUGACUAAUUUAAUAAUUAAAAUUUUAAACUAAUCCAAAUGUAUUUUCUCUCCAAUAGAAAUAAAAAUUGUUCCACUGCA